UAUAUAAGUUCAAGUCUUUGUUCUGAUGUGCAGUGUUCGGUUAAAUAUUGUCAUUUAUUCAAAACAGUUUUUUUCUAAUAACAUCUCAACAGCUCAAGAAGAUGCUGCUAAAACUGUUCUUGUGUUUGCUAGGUGUUGGCCUGUGUGCCAGCCAGAAAGAAGUCAAUAUCGAGUCGCGUAUAAUUAAUGGCAAGGAUGGUAAUAAAUGUGAAUUCCCUUGGAUGGCCUUCAUCAAAAAUUAUGGACAAAACAUUGGAUGCGGGGGCUUUAUGAUUGACAACACCCAUAUUAUGACCGCUGCCCACUGUGUGGUUGUCACUAACAAAACGUCGAAAGUUUCCAGCGCGGAACCAAGUGCCAACCUUUAUGUAUAUGUUGGGUCCUCGGAUCUAGGAAAGAUGACAAAAUUUCUAGUUAAAACGGUCACACCUCACGAAAUGUACAAUUUUAUAACAACAGAAAACGAUAUUGCCAUACUGACUCUGGCAUCGCCAAUUACUUUUAAUGACUGCACUAAACCGAUACCUUUGGUAAAUGCCACCACAAAAUUGUUAGACGAAGAUUGCAAAGUCAUGGGCUGGGGAGCUACUACAGAUUCCGAAAAAGAUGCAGGUCCUUCCACUCUCAAGUAUGCAACGGUGUUCAUUCAUAACGAAUAUAAAUGCCAAGAUUUAUUUAGGAAUAAACUUCCUAAUCUACCAUCAUCUAUUUUCUGCGCCAAAGGAAGAGGUGGUUCAGACGUUUGCCGUGGUGACUCUGGUGGACCACUGGUCUGUAAAAAGUAUACCGCUAAAGAAUACUUUGUUCAUGGCAUUGUGUCGAGCAACCUCGGUUGUAACAGCCAGACUGGCUUCUACAUGAAAGUUGCCUUUUUCAUUCCAUGGAUCCAGAGCAAAAUCGCCAAAUGAAAACAAUGAAAAAAAUCAACAACAAAUGUUUACAUCAUCGGAUAUAUAUUUUUAAUUUAACGAAAUAUAUAAAUUUAAUUUGAUAGGCGAAAUAUGUCAACAACUUUAAAGUAACCUGAGAUUCUAAAGAACAUUUUUUUUUUACAUUAAAAAAUGUUUAAAGAAGGCGCUCUAAAAAAUUCUUUAUUAAAGUAAGAUUAAACCAUUAAACUCAA